AUGGAAGGAGAGGAGGAUAAGCAGCAGCAGCAUAAAAUAGAAGAUGCUGGUAUAGUGUAUGUAACUGAAAAAACAGAAGAAAUCAAACAUGAAAAAAACCCUGGAAAAAGCAUACAACAUUCAAAACCAUGCGUUGGGAGAGGACGUGUAUAUUAUGCUAAAUUCAUUAACACAAAUACAAGAACAUACAAUGAACCAGUUCCCUACAUAGAUCCCAAAAAAGGGCCAGAAAAGCAGGGUGACUGGUGGUCACAUGGUAAAGCACUGGAACCUGCCUUCCGACCACCAUAUGACACUAAGAGCACCCAGAGAAGUGACUUCCAAAAACCAACAUAUCCAUUGGUUUUGCCAGUCAAACACAGCAAGAUGCAAAAGGCUUCUUGUGGAAUAGUUCCACUUGCCUUUCCUGAUGCAUCAGCAGAACUUCAAAACAGUUUUGCAGAACGCAUCUCUUUUAUUCAUCAAUAUGAUGCCAGGAAAACUCCUAAUGAGCCCAUCCGAGGAAAGAGACAUGGAGCUUUUGUGCAGAGAGAGAUAAAACCAGGGAGUAGGCCAAUAGUUCCUAAGGGAACAGAGGUAUUAUUGAAUGCUCCAGGGUCAUGUUCAUCAGAACGGUCCAAAAAAACAGAGAAAGGAAAUUCAGCGGAAAGCAAAAUGAUCUCACCAGGUCUCUGCCUACAAAAUUCCCAAGAGCUGUUAGAGACUAAAACUCACUUAUCAGAAACAGACGUCAGACAGGCAGCCAAGGCAUGCCCCAGAAGUCCCGAGAGCAGGGAGAAGACUGCAGGCAUCUCUCAAACAACUGUAGGAGAUGCUCUUCUUACUAGGCAUGAGCCUUUAAAUCCACCAAUAAAAAAUCAGGAUAAAUCAGGAUAAAUUACUUUCUUUAGAUAAAAAUACAAUCCCUGGAAUGUGGAGAAAUUUCAUAAUCAUGACACAAGGCCUCACGUUUGCUCUUUUUGUUAUCAAUAAUUUCAGAACAUACAAUUUACAUAAAUUGGAAAAAGGAAAAAAGCAAUUAAAAUACACCCAAAUUUUAA